AGACAGGUGAGUCUGCUCACUGGCUCCGUUGGAGGACCUGACACUCUUGUGCCAUAGGACAAAGGCCACCACUCUGUAAAUCUCUUUCUCUGCAUCUUGACCCACAGGUUGAGCUGCAGAAGACCUUCCCAAAGGGGGCGGGGGACAUCUUCUCUGGGAGGGUGCAGACAGAACAGGUCCCCUAGGAUAAGUCUCACCACCAUGCUGCCCUCCAUCCUGCUUGUGGGACUUGUUGCUCUCAUCGGCAAGAGCAGGAGCUCCUACCCUUUCCCUCAUGCCCUGCGGCCUCAUCUGCACCCCCGCCUGUACCACGGCUGCUACGGGGACAUCAUGACCAUGGAGACCGCCGGGGUGCGCUGUGACAUCAGCAAUCUGCUCACCUGCGGGAUCCGCGGCUCUGAAAUGUUUGCCGACAUGGACCUGCGCUCCAUAAGGCCUUACCAGACCCUCAUCAAAGAAGUGGGACAGAAGUACUGCGUGGACCCUGCCCUCAUCGCAGCUGUCAUCUCCAGAGAGAGCCACGGGGGCACCGCCCUGCAGCGCGGCUGGGACAGCAGGGGACUGAAGUUUGGCCUGAUGCAGGUGGAUAAAAGGUUUCAACCCACUGGUGCCUGGGACAGCAAAGAACACCUUUCACAGGCUGUGGAUAUCCUAGCAGAAAACAUUAAAGCGAUGCGGAGGAAGUUUCCCACGUGGAGUGUGGAUCAACACCUCAAAGGUGGCCUAUCUGCCUUUAAGUCAGGAGCCGAAGCCAUUGCUACCCUGGAAGACAUCGACUCCGACUAUGCUGAUGAUGUGGUUGCCCGAGCUCGAUUCUACAGGUCCCACGGCUUCUAGGCGAAGCCUCAUCGGAGGUUACCCAGGUGGUUUCCUGGUGACAGUUUGCUUCGAAUGUGUUGCACCCAACACUGGUAAAGACCAGGAUGGAAAUAAUGAAAGAAAAUUCCCAAUAUUCUUAAUGAAAAUAACUGUUAGGAAAAAAAAUGCCCACCUAGACCCUCCCUACCAGAUUUACUCCUGAGAAGCGAAGUCUGACCUGCAUCUCUUUCCCAGCAUCUGCUAAACUACUAGGGCUUUGCUUAUACAACCUCCUGGCUCCUCAGCCAGUUCAACCACAGGCACGGGAGGAGGAGCCACAGAUGGAAUUCCAGCCCCAUCAAUACUGAGCACUGACAGAGUGACUUUCAAAGGACAGACACUGAAUCCUUCAGGCCACACCCACCUCCCAUGUCUCCUCUUCUUUAUGGAAGACCCACACACUGGCUGCUUCUGUACUCACUGCCAAAAACUUCCUUUCUCGGAGGUCUGCUGCCUGGAAGACAGGGCUGCAGAAAAGCACAUGGCAUCCGGAUUAAUUAAGCCACAAGCAAAAAGUGGACACUCCUGGAAAUUUUAAGUAAUCAGAUUACUAGGAGUCUCACAGAACUGACCAAGGACGUGAAGCAAAUCAGGUAACUCUAGCCAGCUGUGAUGCUGCAUGCUGUAAUCCCAAUGCUCAGGAGGCUGAGGCAGGAUUGUCACACGUUCAAGGCCAGUCUGGAUUACACUCGUGAGUUCAACACCAGCCUAAAUUAUAUAGUGAGGUAGGGAAAUGAAAGAAAGUACCAAAAGAAUGAAAGAGAGGGAAAUGAAAAAGAAAAGAAACCAGAUGACUUGGGGCUGAGGGACAGAGAUCAGUUAGCCAGAUUUUGUAGCUCAAAGUAGCACCCUCAUCGCACCAAUGAUCUCCAAAGACUGCCCUCCCCAUCUAUCACACCCAUGGUCUCAGAGAAAGACUGGUUGGUUUGAUUUAGGUCAAACCCGUUGGCUACUCUGCUCUUUGGUCUAUCCCAGACCAUCAGUGAUGGAGACAGAAAAUCCUCUGGGAGGAAAUGAGUGUCAUUUAUGUCUCUUACUUGCAUAGUCAGGCGUAUACACAAUAUGCUGGAGUAUGAGGGUCACCGAGUCCCUGCCAUUGUGCCCCCGCUGGGCUUUUAGCUUUCUUCCGUGGGUGUUUCUUCCCGUCACUUUCUGAGAAGGAAUCCAGCUCAUAGGCACCUGCCUGGGAGCCACCUUGGGGAAGCAGAGCCAAGCCUUCUUUGCACAGCGACCUCUCACCCUCUCCCGAUGACCUGACCCUUGCCUUGGGAAGAGCCAGUGGCCAGCUGGUGUGACAGCCUGCAACAUAUGCAUCUUUCGUGGUCGGCAGAAGCCCAGGCUGAAUUAGCUUUAAACACUUCUGAGUUUCAUUCCUGCACGUGGGCAAGGAAGGACAUUCUUUAGAUGUUUGCUUUGCUCACCAAUGAUUUCCUCACGAGCAUUCACCGCCACCACAUCACCAGUCCCUUUGAUGUUGCUAUUACAAGAAUAAAGUACAUCCAGGCA